ACGUACGACACGGGGUACUAAAGUGAGGUGGGUUGAAAGAAACUGAAAUUGCCAUCUUGUGAAGCAUGAUCGAUAACAUGUUUUUGUGACUGCAAGCACAUUCAUAAAAAGUUUGAACUCGUAUAUCGACGUUUCGUUUUUUCUCAUUGUUCUUUAUUUUUUCACUGCGCUAUGCAGAAGUACUCAUUAUUCAAAACUGCAUAAUAAAUAAAUUCAUGCUCUGUAAGUAAGUUAAGCGAAAGUAAAACACUCAGAGCCAGUUGUCCACACAAAAAACCUUUUCUUCGGUAAGCGUGGUCACAGAUCGCCAGGGCGCCUAUCCUGAACUCCAAUUUAUUUUUAAUUUAAAUAAUUAACCAUUAAAUACUUUGACUAUAACUUGAUCGUUGUUACUGUACUAUAAGAAAAUACCAGAAUCAUUCACUAGUUUUUAGUGAUGAUUCAAAUAAACUUUUGUUGUUUUUCUGUGAACUUCCUGCUCUUAGAGUUGUCGAGCAGGCAGUUCAAAAUCAAAUAAAACACGAACUGCAACAAGAUACGGAAUAUUCCAAACCAUCUACGUGCGAUGAUCUGGGAUGAGUAUUUCUUUACUUAGCUGUGCUGUGGGCAUAUUUUCUACUGUUGGAAUGAUGCUCACUGCAUUAUUUUUAUUCUAAAAGUAUUUAAGUGUCAAUUAAAUUUAAUUUAGAAGUGCACGAGAGACGAUAGACGAUUCUUUCUAUUUUCUGAAUGUAGUACAAACAUUUCUUUGCAGGAUGGCAUUGUUAAAAGAGUUUACACUCAAAAUUCUUUCCAGAAAAUGUUUUACUCAAAAUGGGUGAGAGAAAACAUCGAUUUGUGGAAAAUCUAAUUGGACUGUGAAAGGUUUUCCAAUCAACCGACUGAAAGAGCAUCGUCUAAAAUCUAUAAAAUCUCAUGCAACACGUUAAUAAGAGAACAAGAACUAGAGUUCCUUAAUUAUAAACAAGUCUAUAUGUACCUUUUUUAGGAUGGAAUCAAAAUGCGAUAACAGUAGCUGGCGGACAUGAACAAGGUUCAAGAUCAAAUCUGUUAAAGUAUCCUUAUGAUUUAUUUAUUGAUAAUAGGAAUGAUUUAUAUGUGGCUGACAGAUCUAAUCAUCGUAUUCAAAAAUGGUCAAUGGGUGCAAAAGAAGCACAAACAGUUGCAGGCGGAAAUCGGGAAGGAUCAAGUGCAAACCAAUUAUGGUAUCCAUCGAGUAUAUAUGUUGAUUAUAAUGAGAAUCUAUAUAUAGCUGAUUCAUGGAAUCGU